AAGCGGAUACUGGCACCAGGAGACGCGAUGUCCGUCACUGUGAAAAACAUUUCUAUAAUAUACAGUCCUAUCAAUCAGAACAAUACCUUCUCUAGCGGGGAUUUUAUAUCGGGACAUGUCAUUUUGGAUCUAGCGAAGGACACGAAAAUGCAGUCGCUGAGUGUAAAAAUCAAAGGGAAAGCAGAGGUUUGCUGGAGGGAGCGUCACAAAAGCACUGUUGUUUACUCCGAUAAGGAAAAGUAUUAUUCCGUGGAGAGGUUUUUCGUUCGGGAGAACAAAACACAUGGUAAUGACCAUGAGAUGAUGCUGAGAGAUCCAUCAGGACAGCCGUAUUCUUCGGUUGUUGCACCAGGCCGUCAUGUUUACCCAUUCACCCUUCAGUUACCUCGACAGCACUUUCCACCAACCUUCAAAGCUUCAGUUGGAAAAAUUGUCUAUACUUUGGAGACAAAACUAUCCCGAUCAAUGCGUAUUUCUAGCAAAGCCAAAGCAGAGUUUCUCUAUUUCCCCAGUCCUGAUGUGUUCAAUCCUGAACUAAUGGCACCUCAGUACAGAACCAAAGAUGAACAAAUGAAUCUCUUCUCCUUUGGGAGUGUCUCCAUGAACAUAAAGACUGAGAAAAUGGGAUACUACCUUGGAGAGGGCUUGAAAGUUUUGGCUGAAGUUCAGAACAAUUCAUCCCGUACAAUCAAGCCAAAAUACUGCCUGUAUGAAAAACACAGUUUCUUCGCAAGAGGAAAGAGAAAACUUCACAUACAGGACAUUUUUAAAGAGGAAGGGGAUCCUAUUGAGCCAAACUCAAGAAAAACCGUCACCAAAGUGCUGCCCAUUCCUCCCAGCCUUACCGUCUCUAUCCUAAACUGUAGGAUACUCAAGGUUGAGUACAGACUCAGGGUCUGCCUGGAUGUGCCAUUUGCUUCGGAGAUCAAAUUCCCAGUAGUGAUUCUUCCUCUUCAGUCUUUAUCAGGUGUAAGUAGUGCUACAAACAGUGACUUUGGAAUCUGGAAUCAACCACCAGGUGGCAAUGCGUACCCCAACCCACCUCCUAUGCCUCCAUCUGCCCCACCAUUUAAUAUGGUUGAACCACCUGGUCAUUGUGGUGCUCUGGGUUACCCUGGACCUCCUCUGAGUCAUUAUCCUGCUCCUGGUUACCCUGGACCUCCUCUCAGUCAGUCUCCUGCUCCUGGUUACCCUGGACUUCCGGGUCAAUUUGCUCCCCCUAGUUACGCUGGACUUCCUGGUCAAUUUGGUCCUUCAGUUUCACAUCAGUCUGACUCAUCAGCUCCACCUCCAUAUCAGGAAUGUCAUUUGUAUCCACAGUUGCCAGACCACCCUGAAAAAUCUUGACAUUGAUGACAACAUUUUAGAAUCACCUUGUAGGUUUGUUUUCUGAUAUUUUUUUUUUACCUA